UGCAUACACAGGUUGUAGGUUCCUUAUCUUUGAAUUGUGGUUGUAUCAUUCAUUCAAAUCCAAUCGAAUUUAACAAUGAAUAUGAAUAUGUUACAUUCAUCAUCAAUUUCUGCUACUUCAACAACCUUUUCACUUUCAUCUUUUCCACACAUCAAAACCAACGACAUUAAGAACACCAAAACAAACCCUUUCUUCUCACACUCACAUGUUUCCACACGUUUCACUGCUUCUUCUGCUGUUGCUCAAGAUGCCAUUUCUUUGCAAUCUUCUCCUUCUCUUCAAUCUCAGAAGCUAGGAGUGGUUGUGAAACCAACAGACAAACCAAGACUUGUGUUAAAGUUCGUUUGGAUGGAGAAGAACAUUGGUAUUGCACUUGACCAAAUGGUACCUGGUCAUGGCACUGUUCCUCUCAGUCCUUAUUACUUUUGGCCAAGGAAAGAUGCUUGGGAAGAACUCAAGGAAUUACUAGAGAGUAAGCCAUGGAUAUCUCAAAAGCAAAUGAUUAUUCUUCUCAAUCAAGCCACUGAUAUUAUCAAUUUGUGGCAGCAAAGUGGUGGUAACUUGUCCUAGGAUAUUUCAAGCAAUGUUUUUGUGUCAAUAGGAUGUUCAUCUUUUUAUUGUUAUGGUUGUUCUGUUGUAUUGCAUUUGUUGUUACUAUGUACACUAGACAAGUUCCAAAUUCUUUUAGAUGAAUAAUUUACUUUUGCCCUAUCAUUGUAGUUUUAUCAGUUAACUUUCUAUCUGAUGAAAAAUUCGAUUUUCUGUUUCGCUGUUUCA